CUGAGGGCGGCCCACCCCGCAAUAGUAUAUGAAAAAAAUAACCUCCGGCGUUCUCUUCUCCCUCACCCACUUCCCAAGCCCCAAAAACCAAACAAAACCUCUCCUCUCCUCUCCUCUCUUCUCUCUCUGUUCCGUUGCUCUGCCUCACAGUCACAAGAAAAGAAACAUAAUAAAAACUUGGCUUUCACUCUCUUUUCCAUCACCACCGGCUGGCUCGUGUCAUAUCAUGCAGCCAGCCAAUGUAGAGGAGUUGAGUGUAUGUAUGGGCAUAAAAAGGGGCGAUUUCUCUCCUCUAACCUCUUCCCUUCUCUCUUCUUCUUGUAUUUUGCUUCCUCCCCUUCUCCCCCUCAUCCUUCUCUCUCUCUCUACUUGCUCUCGUUCACAUCACCUAAAUACCCACCAACCCCUCUCUCGCUCCCUCUCUUCUCUCUAGUACCAAACCAAUCCUUUCAAGUAUCAGCUUACCUGCUGCCAGGAUUUCUCCACCAGAUCUCUAGGCCAGGAAGGAAGAGGAAGAAGGAAAGCUGGAAAAGAGAUAUCACCGCCCCUCUUUCCCUGACACCAGACGGCCUCAGGCCCCUCUUCCUCUCCUCUCCUUUCUUUUUAUUUUAUUUUAUUACCUCUCUUCUUUUUCUAAUAAUACCCUUUGGUUAAUUUUGUCUUUUCCUUCGUUUUUUUCCCCUUCCUCGCCUGUCUUGGUUUUGGUUUCCAUGCCACACCCACACACCAAAAUAGCGUCUUUCUCUUGAUCCCGUCUCGAUAAUCCCCUUCCCGUUUCUGGGUUUUGGUUCUGGAGGUUGGAGAUAAAAUGGCGAAUGGUGGUGCGGUUGAUGAGAGGAGGGAGAGUGAGACAGUGGUGUUGUUCAGUGAGGAAGAACUGAGGGAGAUGAGUGGGGUGAAGCAAACCGGGGAUUGCAUAGAAGUCACUUGUGGUUGUACUAGCCAUAGAUAUGGCGAUGCGGUGGGUAGGCUUAGGGUUUUUCCCAACGGUGACCUCGAAAUCUCCUGCGAAUGCACUCCUGGUUGCGACGAAGGUUUCUCUCCCAUUCUUCCUUUUCCUCUUUCUAUCUCUUGUUCUCGUCCUCUCUAAAUUUUUUCCUAUUUGUCUUCUUCCUUCCCUUUUUUGAUAUCUGGGGUUUGAAUUUUAUGCAUGUUGAAUGUGUCAUCUGAUGUCGUUUUCUCCCCAUCGUUUUAAUCGAACGGCAUUGAUUCAUCUACCCUGAGUACCGUCCCCGAGUGGCCUUGUGUUUGUUUUUUUCCCUUAUACAGGCCAAGUGUUUGCUGUAUUGCCUCAGUGAACCAACUUGCGCCUUGGUAACCCCUACCAGUAAGCUGUUGCGUGUGCCUGUGGAGCCUAUUCUUCACAAAGAGCAAGAAGUUUUGUUUGCUAACCUACAUUGUUGUUACUGUUCACUCUUUUUCAUCCUACUGAACUAGUGGCUGCCGAGUUUUGCCAUUACUGUGUAGGCAGAGGAACCUCCUCGUGGCCUAUAUCUGUCUACCCUUUUGUUUUUCUUCCUCACCCUCCUUUCUUUUAGAUCAUGCUUCAGCACAAGGAGUCUUUUUAUUUUUUAUUUUGGUAGAAGCACAAGGAGUCUAGGAUCAAACUUUCGUGUUACCUGGAUCAUUACGUUGGGAUGAGGCAUUUUGGUAACCCACUUUUCUUGCCCAGUUAUUCUUUAUUGAAGGAUCGUUGGGUCAUCGGUCAUUUUUGGAUCAUGGGUUGGUUUCUUUCUGACCAACUCAUCAUAUACAUGUUCUUCGUCAAAAGUGUUUUGUGUACUUUCCUUUUUUGAAACAGUGCAAAAGUCAUACCAACGGCGCCUACCUUUUAAUUUUCUUGCUGAAGUAUGUUUAAGGUUCAAAGUCUGAUAUGGGUAGGCGACUUUAGUUUGAGAAAACUGUCGUGAGUAGAAGGUUAUCUUAUGCAUGCUACAAGGGUUGGUACGUGGUACUGAUGUCCAUUUGAGAGAAGCUUAGGUCUUCAAGAACAGGAAUAUGCUCUGGUAUUUCAGUGGGAAAGAAAGAAGGCCGAUAAGUACUGCUACUUGGAAUAUACUAUGGCCAUAAAGUAAACCCGGACCUGGCUACGCCAAUCCAUAUUUGCUUUUUUGAGGCCUAAGUUGUAUACAGUAUCUUGCUACUUAAUCGGACAAGAGUUUAUGUGGUAUUUGGAGGCCGACCAUCUAGCUAAGGCCUACUUCUAUCCCCUGCUAACUUUUUCUUCGCCAAUUUCUCGCACAUGAUCGUUGGUGCAGUUUCUUUUGCUGUUGCUAGCUUUUAGCUUCUUAUCAUGUGCAUGUUUUUGUACUUUGUCCUUGCUCUAAAUUUUACGGAAAUGCUUCUCUUCUGCAUGUGAUUAUAACUUUAUCAACAUUAGACUGGACUUUUGGAUGCUUUUCAUAUGAACUCUCUGUCCUCCAUGGAAUUCCUUUGUGCUUCCUGAGACCACACAGCUGAUCUUUUUUCAUGUGUUGAUGGUUGUGUAGAUAAGUUGAGUCCUGCUGCAUUUGAGAAGCAUUCUGGGAGAGAGACUGCUAGGAAGUGGAAGAAUAAUGUGUGGGUGAUAGUGAAUGGAGAGAAGGUUCCGUUGUCCAAAACAGUGUUGCUCAAGUACUACAACCAAUCAUCGAAUGGAUCCCACCGCUCUCAAACUGGACGUGUUUUCCAUCGUGAUGAGUUUGUUCGCUGCAGCAAAUGUAACAAGGAGCGCCGAUUCCGCUUAAGGACCAAAGAGGAGUGUCGAGUUCACCAUGAUUCUGUGGCCAAUGCUAGCUGGAAGUGUGCUGACUUACCGUUUGACAAGUAUGCCUUCUCUCCUUUUAAGUUGAUAGUAGCUGUUUCGUUAUUUCCAUUAUGGUGAAUGGAAAAUGCUGCCUUUGGUACAUUAGAUUUAUAGUUGUUAUUUGCUUAAUAAUACAGCCCAUUCUCUUAUCAUUUCUGCAUCCUUAACUCUGUUCUUGCAAACCAGAGUGUGAUGUUCUUUCCUUGGGGUUGCUGUUGAAAUAAUUGUGAUUAUUGCAUGCUUUUUCCUUCUUUUCUACCAUUUUGCAGGCAGUUUCUUUCUCUUGUUAACAUUCACUAAGACCUUAUAUGCUAUGAAUAGAACAUAUAGUAUGACUUCUGCCUUUUUCACCUUUACAUGGAAAAUUAUGACUUAUGUCGCUGGAUGCAAGAGUUCCAGGAAUAUGUGUCAGAUAAAGGCUAGUGUUUCUCAUAAUUUGGUUCCUCAUACAAGGUUUUCCUGGACUAUAGAAGUUGGCAAUGAUAUUAAAUCUUUGUUGGAGAUUUUUAAAUGAUCGGCCCAUAACCAGAGCCAUGAAAGGCAGUUGCUUUGGAGCUACCAACUUAAUUGGACGACAUAUAAUGGCAUGUUUCCUUUUUCCUUUCUCUCUGCAAUAAUGGAUGAUGUAAAAUUUCAGACCCUUAGACGAUUUUGUUGCCACCAGUAAUCCUGUUGGAGUAUGCUACAACAGAAAUUUCCACGGUGGUGGCUGGAACUGGUCCAGGCUCCAGAGAACUAUGAGAUUUAUGAUUUCGAAUGCUAUGAACAUAAGCACUGAGCUAGUCUGCUCAAUUUGACUUAAAACCCCAUUGUUUUCCAGCAAAGGACAUCAUAAAAAGCUUAGGUUGACAAUGUAGGAUUGAAUUCGGUCCUUGCGUGGCCUUCUGCUUCAGUUUCUUCGACUGAUAUCCUCGUUUUGUUGGCAGGCUAACAUGUGAUGACGAUGAGGAGAGAGCAAGUCGAAAGGUGUACAGAGGCUGCUCCCGCUCUCCGACGUGCAAGGGAUGCACUUCCUGCGUGUGCUUUGGCUGUGAAAUCUGCCGCUUCUCAGACUGCAAUUGCCAGACUUGCACUGACUUCACUACGAAUGCGAAAGCUUGAAGAACCCUUCUUGCAGCAUGACCGAGUUCGUCCACCAUCCUUGAUUUGAUCCCAUUAGGGCUGCCAUUAUUUAACCACUUCACACUGCUCUUCUCCCCUGCCUUCUAGAACAGUCGGAAAAAAGGGCGGGAAGGAGCAGCAAAUUCAGUGACUAUUUAUCCUCUAUUUUUGGACGUCUAUUUAUGAACAAAACACCCGCCAAUCCGCCAUGCUUGUGUGAUUGGCAAGCCUGUGAUCUGAAGUUGAGUGAGAGGAUACACAGUUUUCUGACUCACUAAGUCUUUUGUUGGGCUCCAAAGACAAGUAAUUUCAAUCUCCUUCAUUUAUUAUUACCGAUCAUUUCGUAUAUCACAUCUCUUGCUGCUUCCUUAACCAUUUCCUGCAAAUGAUGCUGAAAAUAAAAGAGAAGUCCGUUU